UGUCAGCUUGUCUAGACUGUGAUCAAAAUUUGUAUUUUAUCUUUAUCCAGGGUUGCGAAGGUAUUGGUAUCGCAGUCAGAGGCGCGAGGAAUCUGUAUGAACCAUGGAUCAUUCCUUGCUCGUGUGACAACUGUAGUUAAGAUGAAUUAUCUACUUGAUCUUAUUAGGACUUGUUCAGAUUAUAGUGGUGUUCACGAUUACUACGUUGACGGAAGUAAUGCCGGUGCUUCGGAUUUCUUUGCUGCAGGUGCUUGGGUCAUGGAUAACGGAGAGCUUGUUCCAAUGACCUCGGACUUUUGGGGACCCGGAUAUCCCAACUAUCCUGGCAGUCAGCAUUGCCUACGCAUGACAUCAGAAGAAAAUUACAUGUGGGACGACUGCAGUUGUAGCGCAACGCACUAUUUCAUUUGUGAACAGUGAACUUUUAUUUCGUGUUUAUUUUGGUUGGAUAUAUUGAAAGUGC